AUGGGUUUAUGCAAUAGUAAAACCAGAGAGGGUAAAUCCUCACUUUUUAACGAUUCAAACCCAGAACGGAUUAAUAAGUUUUUUUUCGAAUCUGGUAGAAGAUUCCACAAUGUAAAGAAUGCGGUAUACUUUUUACCUAAUGAUGAUGAUGAAUGUGACAGAUUACAUUUACAGCAUUUCAUAGAGAGAUAUGUUUGGCAAAGUAAUUUUCUUGCCCCUGUUGAUCGUCUUCUCAACAAAGAAGGUGCAAAAGUUCUGGAUGUAGGAACAGGUGCUGGCUCUUGGUUACUCGAAAUGGCAACUAAUUAUCCGAAAGCAAAAUUUAUUGGAAUUGACAUUUCACCAGUUCAACCAGACUUUAUUAAACCUAAAAAUACCGAAUUUAUUGAAGCAAAUGUAUUAGAACCUUUACCAUUUAAAGAUAAUACAUUCGAUUUUAUAUUUCAACGAAUACUUUAUGUCGGAAUCCCUGGAAAAAACUGGCCAUCCGUAGUUAAUGAACUAGUCCGUGUAUUAAAGCCUGGUGGCUAUAUAGAGUUAAUGGAAUGCGAUUUUCAAUAUAAUAUUAUGGGACCUGCAACAAAAAGGCUUAUUAAUGGCAUAUUACUUAUGUUUGAUGAACGGGGUUUGGAUCCAACUGUUUGUUACAAAUUACGAGGCUUUUUAGAAGAGCAUGACCAACUUCAUAAUGUUCAUUGUGAAAUAAAGAAAACAUUUGAUGGUAAUGAUGGUAAAAAAUUAUGUAAACUGGCACAAGAAAAUUAUACUACUGCCCUUGUGACUAUGAAAGCAAAACUCAUGAGUAUAAUCGAAGCUUCUAGUGAUGAAUAUGAUGAACUCGUUAAAACUAUGGGAAAUGAAUUAAUAGAAUUUGAAUCUUUUAAUCCAAGAGUACGUGUUUAUGCUCAAAAAAAAAUAUGA